AUGGCGGCGCGCGGCUCGGGCCCGUGGCUGCUGCUGGCCGUGGUUCUGUGCGCGGCGGCUGAGCCGCGCUGCCCGUCGUGCCCGGCGGGCGUGGAGCGGCGGCUGCUGGAGGAGGUGGCCAAGAAGCAGCUGCUGGAAAAGCUGCGGCUCCGCGAUCGACCGCGGCUCGCCCACGCUGUGCCCCGCGCCGCCGUGACCCGCGCCCUGCGGCGGCUGCAGGCGGGAGGCGCCCACCGGAGCCCCGAUGUUACCGGCGAGGAGGAGGAGGAGCAGGGCUACGAGAUCAUCAGUUUCGCGGAGACAGAUCUCACAUCUCCCUCCAGUUUGGGGCUGCAAUUCCAGUUCAGCCAAGCGCAGGACCAGGACAUUCGCAUCCUGCAGGCUCAGCUCUGGCUCUACCUGCGAGUGCCCCGGGCCAGCCUCACCCUGAGGAUCUUCCUGGCCGGUGAAGCCGGGGCCGUGGCCGGGGGCAAUCGCACGCUGCUGGGGGAGAGGCGGCUGAGCACGGCGGGCAGCGGCUGGCGCUCCUUCUCCCUCCUGCCGGCCCUGCAGAGCUUCUUUGGGGGACAGAGCCGGACCCUGCGGCUGGAACUGGAGAGCGGCGGGGAUGGGAGCGAUGUCAUGGCACAGGUCAAUGCCAGCUGGUCCCACCAGCCCUUCCUGGUGGCCAAGGUGAAGGUGAGGGAGCCCGAACACCACGUGGCCAAGCGCAGCCUCCGCUGCAGCCAGAACUCCAACCUGUGCUGCCGCAAGGAUUACUACGUGGACUUCCGUGACAUUGGUUGGAACGACUGGAUCAUCAAGCCCGAGGGCUACCAGAUAAACUACUGCGUGGGCCAGUGCCCCCUGCACGUGGCAGGCAGCCCCGGCAUGGCCUCUUCCUUCCACACAGCCGUCUUCAACCUCGUCAAAGCCAACAACGUCCAGGCGUCGGGGAAUUCCUGCUGCGUGCCCACGCGGCGCCGCCCGCUCUCCGUCCUCUACUUCGACCGCAACAGCAAUAUUGUCAAGACUGACAUUCCCGACAUGAUUGUUGAUGCUUGUGGCUGUAGUUAGGGCUGGGGGAGCUGUGCUGGGACCCCUCCUUCUCCAGGACUGUCCUUUUGGUGGAGGGGGAGGGAACUGGAGAGCUCCAUGAGCUGGAGUCAGCCCUCGGUGCAAUGGACCCCUUUGGAAAGGCUGGGAGGGAGAGGGUCUCGUCAGGGGGAGCAGGGAGUCUCCAGAGAGUGCCUGGAGCAGGGGGCUCUGGGGACAUAAGGGACAGAGCCAAGGCCACAUUGGACUGCCCAAGCCUGGGCUGUGAGUGUUGAUGACUCUGGACAUCCCUGCCUGCACUCUUCCCAAGCUGAUCCCACAUUCCUGGUGGUUCCGGGUGGUUCCUGAUUCCCGUAUUCCCCUCGGUGUGGGAGCCCCACUUGGUUCACAUUCAGUGUCCCAUGAGGGGUUGGGACGUGGCUUCCUUGGGGGCAGAGGGAGAUGCAGAAACAGAGCUGCUUCCUCCACGUGGGAAUCUGGAGGACAAGGCAGUCCCACUUGUUCCCCUUCUGGAACAAACCUUCCUGCAUCCAAUUCAGGCCUGGGGGACAGAGAGAACGAGGCACAAAUAACAAGCUUGGGAGAGGAGGAUGAAGGCUACGACUUCAUCAAGAACCCCAAAACUGCAGUGACAGGACAAAGUUCUCUGAUCCUGGAUGGCAUGGAGCUGUGAGGACCAAGCUUCCAGGUCCUGUGUGCUUCCCCUUUCCCUGGGUUUGUGCUUUCCUCCCCUGCUCCCACCCACUAGCCAGGUCUCCUCCAGCCUGGUGCCUCUGGCUCAAACUUUGCCUUUCAAGACCACACUCAAGGCACAGAUUUGAUUUGUGCCACUGGUUUUGUAGCUAUUCCUACUUUCUCAGUUCCUGCAGCCAUUGGGACUCCCUGAUGCUCCAUUCUCUACCAAAGAUCCCACUCUGCCUUCCCCUUCCUCAUGCACUCACAUGGCCUCUGCUUUAAUUUAUUAUACAACAUUUUGGUGUAGCUUCCCAAAUAAAUGGGUGGAAAUGCAAAA